AUCUGAAACUUCGCCGGGAAAUGAAUCUGAGAAUAAAGAAAAUGGAAGAGAGAAGACUGGAGAUUCCGUCGUGUUCAUUAUUCCUCGUGUACGCCGUCAUUUCCAGCUUCUUUGCCGGAUCCACGUCGGACGUGAUCCUCCCACGUUCUCCGGCGGAGAUUCUCGCCGGCGGGAGUUGGGAUCUGCUGCAGCGGAGCGUAGGUGUAUCCGCCAUGCACAUGCAGCUCCUCCACAACAACAAAGUCGUCAUCUUUGACCGUACGGACACUGGCCCAUCGAAUCUCUCCCUCCCUUCUGGAUCUUGUCCGGACGACGCCGUUUACGACUGCUCCGCACACUCCCUCCUCUACGACGUCGUUUCCAACACUUACCGUCCCCUCUCCCUCCUCUCCGACACGUGGUGCUCCUCCGGUUCGCUCGACUCCUCCGGUUCGCUCAUCCAGACCGGCGGUUACGGCGCCGGCAUCCGAGCCGUACGGAAAAUCACACCCUGCUUUGGGAACGACGACGUUUUCUGCGAUUGGACAGAGAACAACACCUAUUUGUCCUUUCGCCGGUGGUAUUCCACGAACCAGAUUUUGCCCGACGGAAGAAUCAUCAUCGUCGGCGGAAGAAGAGCAUUCACGUACGAGUUUUACCCCAAGAAUCCGGAUAAACCCAUCUUCAAUCUCGGAUUCUUGGCCGAAACCAGAGACCCGCUCGAAGAGAACAAUCUUUACCCGUUUCUUCAUCUUCUUCCCAAUGGGAAUCUCUUCGUCUUCGCCAACAGGAGAUCCAUCAUGCUCGAUUUCGUCAACCACAGCGUCGUCAAGGAGUUCCCGGAUAUUCCCGGCGGUGGCAAACGGAACUACCCGAGUACUGGCUCCUCUGUUCUCCUCCCUCUUUGGCUCGCCGGAGAAACCCAGCCCACUACCGCCGAGAUCAUGAUCUGCGGCGGCGCUCCAACGGGAUCCUUCCUCAAGGCGGCAAAGACGAUCCCUAAAGUCUUCGUCGAAGCGUCACGCACGUGCGGAAGAAUCAGGGUCACCGACCCGGAUCCAAGAUGGGUCAUGGAGAAGAUGCCGGCGCCACGUGUCAUGCCCGACAUGAUAAUGUUACCGACAGGUGACGUCGUCAUCAUCAACGGCGCUGCCAACGGAACCGCCGGUUGGGAGGAUGCCACGAACGCCGUGCUGAACCCGGUUCUGUAUUCACCCGACGAACCCGACCUGACCCGGAGAUUCCAGAUCCUCGCCCCCACCCGGAUCCCGAGGAUGUACCAUUCGGCGGCUCUUCUGUUGCCCGACGGAAGAAUCUUAGUCGGAGGGAGCAAUCCUCACCGUAAUUACAAUUUCACGGCGAGGCCGUACCCGACAGAGCUCAGCCUCGAAGCUUAUCACCCGCGUUACCUCGAACCCCGGUUCGCGCGCGUGAGGCCUUCGGUUCUGACGGUGGAGAUGGCAGGAAAGAUGUCGUACGGAAACGGAUUCUCUGUAAAUUUUGUGAUUCCGGCGUACGGAGUGUACGGAGGAGGGAUAUCUGUACGGCUUAUAGCGCCGUCGUUUAGCACUCACUCGACGGCGAUGAACCAAAGGCUGUUGGUGCUGCGCGUGAGGCGCGUGGUACAGUUAUCCGUUUUCGCGUACAAGGCUGACGUGGACGGGCCAGCCAAUGCCAAUGUGGCACCCCCGGGAUAUUAUAUGCUGUUUGUGGUCCACCGUGGAAUUCCCAGCGAGGCCGUUUGGGUCAAAGUAGCUUGACUCUGAUAAUUACGACGACGUUUUGGCUUUAUUUUGAUUUUUUUUUUCCUUCCUAUUUUGAAAGGUUUCAGUCAUAGAGAAGAAAUGUGAACACUUAGUAGAGAAAUUUGAUCGUUGAUAAUUCACACGCAUAAAAAAAAGUGUUGAGAGAGAUUCUUUAUGUUGGUUAUUUUUUUUUAA